AAUGUUCUCUCAAAAUGUCCCUUAUGUUAGCAUAAGUCGGCCUCCGCCAAUUAGCAAAAAACCAAAUCUUUUCGAUGUGAAACAGCAAAGCUUUUCUUGCCAAGAUUUGAGCGUAAAUGAUGGGCAUUACUCGCCACAACAACAGCAGCAACAAUUUAAUAUUAACCAAUUAAAUAAUGGCGAUAUUUGGAAUAAUAGUUUGAAUAACGAAUAUAACAAUUUUAUUCCAUCUCUUGAUGAUGAAAAUAUUUUUUAUCGUCGUGCCCGCUCCUGUUCGAUAAAAUCACGUUCAGAAACUGAAAUGAGUUUUGCUUCAGCACAAGAAGAAAAUUUUUGGCUUUCUUCAAAUAUUUUUGGAGAAAAUAAUAAUAAUAUAUCACAAGAACAUUUAAAUCAACAACAAAAUUUAAAUAUACAACAACAACACCAACAAAUUGGAAGGGUUGCAUCUUGUUCAGAAAUGCUCCAAUCAUUUCCAGAUAUGUCAUUAAAUUGUGAAGGUGUUUUAUUUAUUUACAAAUUAAUAUUUAAAUUCCUCUAA